CAUGGAAUAUUGGAAUUUGAUGUGUUCGUGUUUAAUGAACUUUCUCCCAUCAUUGUAUGUGUAGUAAGUAUUCCUUUCAUUUCAUUCAUCGUCUUAUUGGGCACGCCCCCAUCCUCGGCUUCUCCUUCCUGGAGCACUCUCACUCCGUCACCCAACACAUCCAGGUCAUGGAUGUUCCACUGCCACGGGAUAAAUUGGCUUUAGAUUUGAUUAAUAAUGAGCCCUCCCCUGCAAACACGAGCAACAGCAAGAUAUAUGUAAUUCUGGUGGCAACUGGAAGCUUUAAUCCACCUACUUUCAUGCAUUUACGCAUGUUUGAGCUUGCAAGAGAUGCAUUGAAUUCAGAUGGCUACUGCAUAAUUGGAGGUUACUUGUCUCCUGUGAAUGAUGCAUACAAGAAAAAGGGCCUAAUAUCUGCUGAACAUCGAAUACAAUUAUGUCAUUUAGCCUGCAAAAGUUCAGAUUUUAUAAUGGUUGAUCCAUGGGAGGCAAGUCAGAGCACAUAUCAACGCACUUUAACUGUUCUCUCCAGAGUCCACAAUUCAGUUUGUGAGACAGGGUUGGUAUCUCAAGAAUCCCUCAAGGUCAUGCUUCUUUGUGGUUCUGAUCUCCUUCAUUCUUUUAGCAUUCCUGGAUUCUGGAUUCCUGACCAGGUUAAAACUAUAUGCAAAGAUUAUGGAGUAGUCUGCAUUCCCAGGGAAGGACAAGAUGUUGAGAAGACUAUAUUUAAAGAUGACAUUCUGAAUGAGAAUAAGGAUAAUAUCAAAGUUGUGAAUGAACUUGUUCCAAAUCAAAUCAGCUCAACCAGAGUAAGGGAUUGCAUUGCAAGAGGACUAUCUAUAAAAUACCUUACCGCGGAUGAAGUGAUUGAUUAUAUCAGAGAGCAACAAUUAUACUUGAACUAAUGAUAAAUGAUUACUACUGUUUUUCAUUACAUUCUGUAGACAUGAGUCUUUGCAAGAACCACUGCGCAUCGCUAUCCGAGCCAAUUUUCUAUAAACAGAUGAUUUUUCAUUUUUGUGUUGUAAAUUUGCAGAUAAAUAAAUAUUACAUAAUUUAUGUAAUCGAAUUGCAAAUACUACUGUUGAAAUUGCAACCUAGUGCCUUUAAGACUUUGGGUUAGAUGUAGUAUAUUAAGUUUAUUUGUUAAGGGUUGAUGGGGAUCUCUGCAAUUUGUUUGUGUAAAAAAAAAUAAAAAUUGAGCCGGGGAUAUUCUU